AGAAAAUGAUGAAGCUUUUGAUCUGUGUCCUGCUGGCAGGAUCCUGUACGGCGGUUCCCCUCCUAUCCGAUGUGGAACCCUAUAUCACCAAUGGAGAGCCGGCGGAGGUGGGUCAGUUUCCCUACCAGGCCGGUCUGAACGUCUCCUUCGGGAACUGGAGCACCUGGUGCGGCGGCACCUUGAUUUCGCAUUACUGGAUAAUCACAGCAGCUCACUGCAUGGAUGGGGCGGAGUCCGUAACGGUCCAUUUGGGCGCCAUAAAUAUUGGUGAUGAGUCUGAGGAGGGCCAGGAGAGGAUCGUGGUGGCGAAGUCGGGUAUUAUAGUGCACUCGAACUUUAUAGCUAGCACGGUGGUCAACGACAUCUCGCUUAUUCGAUUGCCCACCUUUGUGCGUUUCACUGAUCGCAUCCGGGCCGCCAGUCUCCCGCGUCGCCUGAACGGAGAGUUUCCCACGUACGAGUCCAUUCGGGCCUUCGCCUCCGGCUGGGGACGGGAGAGCGAUGCCUCCGAAACAGUCUCCCCCGUGCUGAGAUACGUGGAGAUGCCCAUAAUGCCUCACGCUCUGUGCCGGAUGUACUGGAGUGGAGCUGUGUCGGAAAAGAUGAUCUGCAUGAGUACUACCAGCGGCAAGUCCACCUGCCAUGGUGACUCUGGCGGUCCGCUGGUCUACAGGCAGGGCAACUCCAGCUACCUGAUCGGAUCCACCUCUUUUGGAACUUCUAUGGGAUGUCAAGUGGGUUUUCCGGCCGUGUUCACCCGCAUCAGCAGCUACUUGGACUGGAUCCUUAACCACACCAUCGUGCACACUAAAGAAUAAGCUGUAGACUGUAUUGUUGUCCGUAAGAGACACAGUUUAGUUAGGUUUUUAUAAAUAAAUAAAAUUGAACUGUUGAUCAGUCUCAGAAUA